AUGCUCAUAACCCCCCGAACGUAUUCCGCAUCGCAGACUCCCGACCAAGCAGCGGCUGAUAGCCGCACCGAGGGCGCGCCCCGUUUCUAUACCCUCGCUGGGUGGCGCCAGAGUCUUGUCGAAGAUAAUCCAACUGCCGAUAUGCUGUUGGUUCAUCAGACUGGAAGUGUACGAGUAGGGGAGAUUAUUCGAUAUACCUUUACCUAUACCCCCGCAGCGGAUCCAAUCUUACCCAUCCCUUCCGAGCUUCAUGUGAGAGUGAAGAAUACCUCCGCGAUCCCCCUCCGCGCCGCCUAUCUUCACGGUCCAUACACCUUAUAUGCGGCCUGCUACCCGUCCACAUUCGAUCCCAAUGCCAAAUAUGACCAGCAGAAUACCGAGGGUGUCCCGCAGUUCGAGCCGUACCUUAAAGCGGGCGGCAACUGGGAUGCAACCAUCAAGAUGCCGGCGCGCUUCGGGGACUCGCACAACUUGGCCGUGGGACAUCUGGGGUCGGAGAGUGAUCGGACAGUGACCUGGGUGAUUGAAAUAGUGUCUCAGGUCAUAUUUUCAAGCAGUGCUGCGGUUCAUUUCGAGCUGCUGGUUGCUCGUGAUGCAAAAUCCAUCGAGUACUUUUCCGCUGGUAACUCGGGUGCCGCUGGUCAUGGACCGCCGGGCAAAUUACAGGACCACUGGCCAGGUGUAUACUCGAAAUCCACUUCGCUGCGUGUCGAUGAUACGAGCAGCUUGUGGAAUAGCCCGCCACUACCAUCGUGGACAUCCGAGGCCACAGAUACUACGCCCGAGCGGACGGACUGCAAUUCCGAGGACGCUUCACCUGAAGCCACGGGUAGUACGACCAAAGCGAAACCAAGGAAGAAGAAGAAGGUUCAUCUAGUGGUAAUCACUCAUGGAUUGCAUAGCAAUCUGGGUGCGGACAUGCUCUAUCUGAAGGAAAGCAUUGACGCCGCUGCUAUGGCCAAAAAGAAGAAGGCCCACUCCGAAGACGGCAUCAAGAGCGAAGAUAGCGCCGAGAACGAUGAUAAUGAUGACGAUGACGAAGAAGUCAUCGUUCGAGGAUUCUCCGGCAACGCGGUUCGUACCGAGAGGGGCAUUCAGUAUCUCGGCAAACGCCUGGCCAAGUAUGUUCUAUUGAUGACAUACCCAGAUCAACCAUAUUAUCCUUUGAAAACUGGGAAGACAAAGUCUUUUCCUCGCCCGUUCAGUGCUCGGAAAGAUCAGGUUCAACCCUCCCAUGAGCCAUUUUCAUCCUCGGCGAAUCACGAGAAUGUCCUAGAUGGCGAUGACCACGCUUACAAAAUCACCAGCAUCAGCUUUAUCGGACAUUCUCUUGGUGGUCUGAUCCAAACGUAUGCCAUCGCAUACAUACAGAAACAUUCACCGGAGUUUUUCGAACGAAUUCAACCCGUCAACUUCAUUGCCCUUGCAUCUCCGUUCCUGGGCCUUAGUAACGAGAAUCCGCUGUACGUGCGGUUUGCCUUAGAUCUAGGCUUGGUCGGACGGACUGGACAAGAUCUUGGACUGAGCUGGACGUCGCCAAAAGUCCGCACUGGCUGGGGUGCUAUUAUUGGUGGUCGAGGAGACUCGGGCAAGGACCAAAGCCAUGCAGACCCCGGAUCAAAACCGCUACUGCGUAUCCUACCCUGUGGCCCAGCACACGAGGUACUUAAAAAGUUCCGUCAUCGAACUGUGUACUCCAACGUGGUCAACGAUGGGAUUGUUCCCCUGCGCACGUCAUGCCUUCUUUUCCUUGAUUGGCGAGGUUUGGACCGAGUUGAGAAAGCGAGAAGAGACAACGGUAUCGUCGGCACUAUGGCUGAAUGGGGUUGGGCUGAAUUGACUGGUGCUAAUUCCAAGUCUCCACGGCUGGCUCGCCCCGAUGAAAUUCCACGCUUGGGCGAAGGUCAGGAUGCGCCCAAGGACGGGUCUGCCGCCUUGACGGACGAGGCACAGCGCUUACAAGAGGAUGAAGAUCUUGCCCGACCCGAAGAGGCAUCCUCGCCAGCUCCCGGUCAAUUCCUUGCUACGAGAAAGUCGUCUCUGCAUGCUAGUAGCGUGGGAACGGAGUCAGUACAUAAAGACGUCUCAGAGAAUAACUCGGGUCCUUUGAGCACUCUCCUCGCCUUCUUCCGCCCCAAGGAACCAAAACAACACCAUCCCAGUGGCAAGCAUGCUAAGAUCUACAAGCGCAGCCAAACCCUCGCCUCGUUCGACCCCAACGAGUCACCCGCACCGGUGGUUCGUGGGAAUUCUCUGUAUGAAGAAGAUAUCGGAGUCAAUACACCUCCCAAGACCACAUUCUUCGAGUCAGCUGGAGAUUUGUUGAUGCCACCUUUACCCCCGACUGACUUCAUUCUGGACCCUGCUGCCCGGCCUCGAACCAUCUUCCAUGACCGUAUCUAUCAUCCAGAAGACAUUCCAGUUCCAUUACCAGUCAAGCGACGGACCUUGACAUUCGCCUCAUUACAACCCAAGCAUGCAAAGACCGCACCUCCUCAAGCAACGCAUUUGCCUUCGAGUUCUACCUCCAACGUCAAGAGCAGCGAAAGUGGGCUCAAGGUCGAAGAGAAAAUUGCCAGGGCUUACCACCGCGAUCUGACCUGGCGCAAGGUCCUUGUUCGCCUCGAACCCGACGCACAUAAUAACAUCAUUGUGCGUCGCAUGUUCACCAACGCCUAUGGGUGGCCGGUUGUGAAGCACCUUGUUGACACGCACUUUGGCCAUUCCCCCAACGUUGAGAUCGAUGAUACCCUGAAAUGCAAUGGCGAACGGGCCAAGGCCUUGAAUGUUGGGCCCACCAGCUCCGGCGACGAAGUCGAAGGCCAGUCAGAUGAUACCACCGAUGGGAACUCGACUGAGAAUGAGCGUGCUGGACCAGAUCACACACAUGGGCCUGCCGAGAGCCCUUCCUGCUUGGAAGGAUACCCUCAGCUGCACGAUCUUGCCGAUGCAUUACCCGUUGAGGAUGAAUCACCUGAGACGGCGAGCACCCAUACCCGAUCCCAAUCUCACUAUACCGAUGUUUCUCGACAGGACUCGGCGCGUUGGACAGAUCGUCAGGUAGACGAAGAUGACGACCGUGAAUCUGGGUUGGACGUGGAAGGGCAUACUGAGUUUCGAUGGUCUCCAGCUCCACCGUCUCCUGCUUGA